UGGCUCUGCCCGUCUGGGCCUCGAGGCCUCGCUGGGCUGGCAGUGACCGCACCUUCUGUGAAGGCUCCUCGGUCAUCCUACCCAGGGUUCCUGAGGUUUGAGGGACUCGACUGGGCCGGGGGCCAAGGCUGCAAAGACAUUUGUGACACAGCCCUGGUCCGCAGAGUGCGCACAGCGCGGAAGCCGCGGGUGAAGUCAGCAGGAGUGAGGGUCUAGGGCCCCAGGGAGGGCGUCCUGGAGAGGUGGCCAGAACACAGGCCGAGGUGCCCAGAGGCAGACGCUGUGCUGCCUCAACUUCUUUGGUACCCAGUGCUGGAACUGCGUAAAUUCCUGGCUGAAUUUUCUGAGGAAGAUAUAAAGUGCUGGCCUCAGGUGUUAUCCAGGCUCAUCAUUUGGGUAUUGAAUAUGCAGGUCACAAAAUUAGUGUUCUGUCAUUUUUAAAUGUUUUGGUCCAUGAAUAAAAGGAAGCAGUAACGAUGCUGGCAUCUGUGAGGCUUGAAAUGCACCCGCUGUGUUCUGGGGCUGCGUCUCUGUGAUGCAAGACAGCCCCAUCCCAAAAAGGCCAGGCUUGCUACAAUCCUUGCUACAGUCUCUGCCUCCCCCGAGACUUUAGAUGUGGGACACACAUUAAAGACCUAAUUCUUCUGAAAUAUCACAUUAACACCUUGGCCUUAUAAUACAUAAGUAUAGCAGUAGUAUUUCAGAUUUUGAAUAUUUGAACUUUCCUUCAAAAUAAUGUCAGAGGACAUACUACAAGCAGAACACUCACCUAAAAUUCAUCAGGAAAGCGAUCAACCACACGUCACUGAUAGAACAUUUUUCAUCGAUGCUUCUAAUCAGAGCCUGACAGCCAUUCCACUUGAGAUCUUGGCAUUAAAAGAAUUAGAGGAGGUGCAUUUGGAAAAUAAUGGCAUUAAAGAAAUUCCCCAGGAUAUUCAGCAUUUAACGAGUAUCAGGAUCCUCUACUUGGACAAGAACAACCUGAGGGGGCUAUGCCCUGAGCUGGGGGCCCUGAGCAACCUGGAGGGCCUGGACUUGAGCAGCAACCCCCUGGUGCCCUCCUCCCUCCAGGUCCUCAGUAGCCUGCGAGCCCUGAGAGAGCUGCGGCUCUACCACCUCGACCUGGAGGAGAUUCCCGCGGUGAUCUGUAAAAACCUGCACCACCUUGAGCUGCUCGGACUGUCCGGAAACCGCCUAAAAUCUCUGCCCAAGGAAAUAGUUAACCAGGUCAAACUGAGGGAGAUCUACCUGAAGCAAAACCAGUUCAAGGUUUUUCCUCAGGAGCUCUGUGUUCUCCACAACCUGGAGAUCAUUGAUCUGGAUGAGAACAAACUCAGUGCCCUCCCAGAAGAAACUGGGGAUCUGACCAGGCUGCAGAAGUUCUACGCGGCUCAUAACAACCUGUCCUCUCUGCCCAAGUCACUAUGCCAGUGUAGCAAAAUGACCGUGCUCGAUUUAUCCCACAACCUCCUCGAGUCCAUGCCAUGCGCUCUUGGAGAGCUCACGGAGAUGACGGAAAUUGGGCUGAGUGGGAACCCCCUGGAGAAAGUGCCGCGCCUCGUCUGCAGGUGGCCCUCCCUGCACCUGCUUUACCUUCACAACACCGGCCUGAGGGCUCUUCGGAGCUCCUUCCAACAGCUGCUCAACCUGCGCUUCCUGGAUCUCAGCCAGAACCAUCUGGACCACUUCCCCUCCCAGAUCUGUGCGCUGAAGAACCUGGAAAUCCUGGCGCUGGAUGAUAAUAAAAUAGUGCAGAGUCUUAAAGAGCUGUAUAUAGAGAAUAAUCUUCUGGAGUACCUGCCGGCAUCCUUGGGGUCAAUGCCUAAGUUGGAGGUUCUUGACUGCCGACACAAUUUGCUCAAGCAACUCCCAGAUGAAAUUUGCCAUGCACAAGAAAUCCUUCCAGGUCUGGGAGUGCCGCUGCUGGAGGACAACUUGCUCACUCGUCUUCCCGAGGAUUUGGACAGCCUCGAGCAUCUCCGGGUCCUGACCCUGGUGAAUAACCCCAUGGGAUACCCCCCAGUAGAAGUGUGUGCAGAAGGCAAUGAGGCCAUAUGGACGUACCUGAAGGAGAGCAGAAGGGAGAGAAUAAAGGGGCAUGGGGGCACGGACGCCGCUGUGUUGGUGCGGGAGAGGUUGGGCUCCUCUGCUGUGCUGGGCCAAGGGGCAGGCCUCCAGCAUUCAUCAUUCUUCAGCUGGCCCAAGUCCCCACCAUCUCAUCCUGUGUGGCUGCGCUAGUUCCCACCAUUGCUGUUUCCGUGCCUACCCCUGCAACAUGUCUUCUACUCAGCAGUCACAUGAAGACUGUUGAAACACAGGUCAAAUCUCACCACGCUGCUCAAAUCAACAGUUCUCCAUUUCACCUGGAGUAGGAAUCAAAGGCUUUGAUUACAAAGCUCUUUAUCAAUGG